AUGGAUAUGGAUUCGACCUUUGGUGCUUUGCUGAUUGGGACGCUGGUCGGGACCACGCUCUAUGGGAUGACUAUCCUGCAAAUCUACCGAUAUUUUCGAACAUACCCGAAUGACUGUACAGCGAACAGUCUCUUGGUGUACGCAUUAGCAGUGCUCGAGACUUUUCACGUAAUGAUCAGCGCUCACGCAUGCUAUUUCUAUCUUGUGACGAGUUAUGGCCAUCCCGAGGCCCUUUCAGUCGGAGUUUGGUCUAUCAACAUCUUGUCUGUAGUUUCGGGAGUUACGAUCAUACUGAGCCAAAGUUUCUUCGCGAGACGGGUCUACUUGAUCGGGACUUCCUUCCGUCUUUUGGUCCUCGUAGCAGUCGUCCUGCUUGUCGGGGAGCUUGGUUUCUUUACUGCCGCGACUGCCCAGGCAUUUAUAUUUCCCCGAUUCAUGCACUUCCAGAGGUUCACGUGGAUGAUCUCUGCCGGGGCUGCCAUGGCUGUGGUUGCGGACGGUCUCCUGACGAGCGUCCUCGUCACUGUACUCAGACGAAACAGCACUGGGAUGAAGCGGCUAGACACCAUCGUCGACAUCUUGAUCUUGUAUGCGAUCAGCACCGGCUUGUUGACCAGCGUGGUGAACUUCCUAUCCUUCAUCUUCUCGCUAGCGAACCCGAACAACCUCGUAUACUCUGCCUUUGGUAUCGUGGCUACGAGAUUGUACGCUAAUUCCCUCCUCGCUGCCCUAAACUCCCGCAAGUACCUCGCUGAACGCGCCGCAGGAGACGUGUUCUCGAGCUCCCUCGUCAACGUGCGCGCCACAAGGGCGCUCCCUUACGCUGGGUCGGUCUCGUUCACGAUUGUCAGCCCGACCACGUUCCGACCACCGGUAUCACAGUACAUACAGUCACCGCUCUCUUCGCCGACAUUCCCGCCCACUCCGAGGAUGGCGGGAUUUCCGUCGCCCUCGACGCCGAGGGUUUGA